GUUUGUAGAAGUGUAUAAAAAUCAUUUAAAUUCUUAUUAAUUAAGAAAUCACCAUGAAUAUUUUGUACGUAGCAACUCUACUGUUUAUCUUGUAUUUCCUGUGCCUUCCAUCUUCUGAUGCUUCUCAUUUGUUAUGUGUGUUGGGUUUUACAAGUUUUUGUCCAAAUUGGAGAGAUAUUUUAUUGAGUUACUUCAACCGUAAGAAUUAAAUAUCACUUUUUAUUUGCAUACCUAUACCUGCAGCAUUUAGACUUAAGUGUGUCAUGUUGUUGGAAUCCACAACACACAUCAACUGGGUAAAUGUAAAGGGAAAAUAAACUUACUUAUCAUCUAAUGAGAUGAAUAUCUCACCUGCUAAAUAAGUGUAUCAUUGUUACGUAGUAGAUAAUGUAUUCUGAAAUUUGAAUUAAAGAAUACUAACUUGAUAUCUGAAUAACCAUACCAUUAUGGAUACAAGUAACUUCAAUGAAAAAAAACUCUCAAAUAUAGCAAUAUGAAUGCAAAUCUUAUUAUUGAGACUAUUCAUUUUUUAUCUACAUUUUCUGUAAAUUUCAGUGCAGUCCCAUGUUUUAUCAUGUAAAAUUACAUUUAGUUAAACCAUUAUUUUCAAUACAACAGUAGUUGGCGCCAGGUUUCGACUGCUAGUUUGUGACUUUAUAUCCGGCUUUUUAUCACGUGAUUUAUCCACCAAUCAAAAUACGAUUAAUACAAUCUUAGCAUUGUGUCAAAACGAAUGACGUUCGACCGGUAUGAGCAGCUUAGAGUCCUGUUGAUCCUGAGUCCGCUUAGCCCGUCCACUUGAGUCCAGAACACAAAUAUCAGUCUCUGCAAUAUGAAUCAUUUACUUCAAACAUACUGGGUUAAUAUACCAACUAAACAGACCACAUUGUACCGUAAAAUAGGGAACAACAUUUGUACAAGAUUUGGCCAAAUGUGGCUGUGAAUGAGGGAUGUAGUAUUUAAUAGACAGGGCAUAAUUCAAGAAUGGUAAAUCGUAUAAUAAUAGUUUAUAAGUCAAAAUAAAGCUUAUAAUAAAGGGAAUAUAAAUAUACAUAAUCUAAUUGUUGAAUAGUUAUACCAUAAGAAUAUAUAGAUAAUAUUAGUCAAUUAAUAUUUAAGAAGCUACUCAUGAUUUAAUCUUCGCUCGGAUAUAACAGCUAGUUUGCACACUUACAUCAUCUAUAUAUAUAUACCAUAAAAUACAUACAGAUGAUGCAAUAGUAAAAUACUUUAUAUAAAACUUAUAUAUAGACAGAUAAUCGUAAAUCUUUUUUUUAUCAUAUUUCCAUCAUAGAUACAAUAUUACAUUUAUUUUUAAAAAGCUCGAUCUUCUAAGUCUUUUGCUGCCAGGCAUUCCACCACUGAUUGGUGUUAUAUACUACAUAUAACUGUCGACAUAAGUAGCAUACAUCACAUGCGUAUUUCCACAACGAUUAUUCUUUCAGAAUGAAUACUAAGAGAGUACUUGUUGAAGUUCCCAAACAUGUAAAUGGGUGAAUACGUAAAUAUUUAAGUUUUCGUUUCGGUUUUUCUUUGUAAA